AUGGGUUCUGAAUCGUACGAUUUCAUUGUGGUUGGAGGUGGCCCUGCUGGGUGUACGCUUGCCACAUCCCUCGCCAAAUCCGCCAAGCGGCCCAGUGUGCUCCUGAUAGAAGCCGGUGCGCGCAAUGACGACAAGCUACUCAAGAUCUCCGGCAAGCGCUGGGCGACAUUCACCGAGGAAGGCUUGAACUAUGGAUAUAAAACCACCCCACAGGAACACUGCGGCAACCGACAAAUUGACUACUCCCGUGGCAAGUGCUUGGGCGGGAGCUCUGCGAUCAACUUUGGCGUCUAUGCUGUCGGUGCCCGGGAUGAUUAUGAUCAGUGGGCGGCGGAACUUGGCGACGACACGUUUGCAUGGAAGAACAUGCAGCUUCGCUUUAGAGCACUGGAGACAUUCUCAGCGGGAAAAAACCCACAAAGGCAACAAUAUGGACAGCCGGACGCGACUGAUCACGGCGACAAAGGCGCUCUAAAAUUAGAAUACGUGACCGAAUGGGAAGCCGAUCUCACCCGGGCCCUAGAUGCCUUCAAAGAGGCGGGUCUGCCGCAAAACCAAGAUCACAAUUCGGGGAACCCAAUUGGUAUGGGACUGACUAUCAACUCAACGCAUAACGGCGUGCGAACGACGGCGGUAGAUCUGAUCAACACAGCCCCCGACAAUCUGGUGAUUGUCGCCGACAGCCCCGUCCGGAGGGUGCUGCUUGAGGGCAAAAAGGCAGUUGGUGUGGAGGCCAAGGGCAAGCAAUGUAAUACGAAAUGGAUAGCUAACCUAAUCCUAGAUCUUGCUCGCAACGAUGUGAUUCUAUCUGCAGGCUCUCUUGAUACUCCCAAGAUCUUGAUGCACUCUGGAAUUGGCCCUGCGAACGAACUUGAGAAAUUCCAACUCCCCGUCGUCCAAGAUCUUCCAGCCAUCGGCCAGGGACUACGAGAUCAUCCGUUCCUCACUCUCAUGGUCACCCGAAAGCCAGAGACCAAUGACCGCAAUAGCUUCUUCCAAAAUGAAGAGGCAAAGGCAGCCGCAAUUAAGCAGUGGGAGGCUGAUGGAUCAGGGCCCUGGGCCAGAUAUGGAUGCCAAUUGGGAAGCGGUUGGUUCAAAUCCGACCGGAUCACAUCUUCUGCGGAGUUCCAGGCCUUGCCUGCAGAUGUGCAGGAGUUCUUGAACCGGGAGACGAUUCCGCACUACGAAAUGAUCACCCAUUUUCCCGUGCAUAUGCUCAUGCCGCAGCUUUUCCAGGACUAUAGCUAUAUCUGUCUGGCCGUGUUCUUGAUGAAUGGCCAGACCGCCGGUGAAGUUCGCCUCCAAUCAUCGAACCCCGAGGACCCUCUCCUGUUCGAUCCCCAUUUCUUGGAGCAUCCAUUUGAUCGUCGUGUUUGUAUUGAGAUGUAUCGGCAUUUAAUGGAGCUGGUUGAGCACCCAGCCUUCGCGAAGGACACCAUCUCAAUGGUCAUGGCCCCGAAGUCCAAGUCCGACGAAGACAUCCUCCAAUUUGCACGUGAUAAUCUCUCAUCCAGCUGGCAUAUGACGGGUACAGUGAAGAUGGGCAAGCCGGGAGAUGCGAGCGCGGCGGUGGAUAACUGCUUCCGGGUGUUUGGAAUCGACAAUCUGCGAGUGGCGGAUAUGAGCGUUUUGCCCGUGUUGACCAACAACCAUACGCAAGCGACAGCCUAUGUGACGGGCGCGACUUGCGCAGAUGUUCUGAUUCGAGAAUACGGUCUUGAUGGCUAG